AUGAUCCUUAAGCCUUACCAGCUACGACCAAUUCCUUCCUUUCUUCUCCCUUUUGCGGAUGCAACCACUUGCAAUCAAGUACGAAGCCUACAUUAUCGCAUGAAGGCACCGCCUGUACCCCGUCCCACACCAUUUGUACCGGAUGCUCAAACGUUUCUCACACUCAUCGGACGAAAUUUGAGCCAGCAUGCAUCGAAAAUUCCUUCAUGGAAAGCAUUGUUUACAUUGACCUCUGAUCAACUACGAGAGCUGGGCGUUGAGCCUCCACGGAGUCGACGCUACCUCCUACGCUGGCGCGAGAAAUUUAGAAAAGGGCAAUAUGGUAUUGGUGGAGAUCUACAACACAUCGAAAAUGGAAUUGCACAGUUGCGUGUAGUUGAAGUGCCGUCAUCAGACCCGAGACAUAGUACAGCUACCGCAACAUCCUCACCGGGACAACAAAAAAUAGUGGUCAAUAUACCCACAGGAAGCAGUGCAGAGGAUAGUCUCGCGGGGCAGAUGGUGCCAGUUCAGGGUUUACGUAUUAAAGGAGCACACACUAUUAUUGGACCUCAUGUACAACCUUCCAAAGGAGGGCAAGCGGCGAAGAUUGUCGUUAAAGAAGGAUUGUGGGAAGAUCGUAGAGGCCACAAGAUUGAUGGAGGCGAAAGGAGACAGGCCGAAGUUCGAGCAAAGAGGAGAGGAGAGGAGAAACGUGCAGCCAGAUAA